AUGGGGACCUCCGACGCUAGUAGUGGGCUCUGGGACAACAUGGACAGGGCCCUGGGCCAAUUGUUUAUGAUGGGAUUCGAUGGGACGGCAGUGACUCCUCAAAUACGUACUCUUAUACAAGAACAUCAUCUUGGGUCGAUCCUUCUGACUGCCAAGAACCUCAAAUACACAAGCGCCCUUGUUUACGAACUACAAAAGUGUGCUUUCGACGCCGGCCAUCCAGUGCCUCUACUAAUUGGCAUCGAUCAAGAAAAUGGCGGAGUCAACUCUCUCUUCGACGACAUCUUCAUUCGACAAUACCCAUCGGCUAUGGGUAUCGCUGCCUCAGGAGACCCUGAACUUGCAUAUAAGGUCGCAAAGGCUAGUGCGGAAGAGAUCUCUGCAUGCGGAGUGAACUGGAUAAUGGGACCCUGCCUGGACGUUCUUACGAAUACACGAAACCAGCCGCUCGGCGUCCGCACAACUGGUGACGACCCAGUGCAAUGCUCCGAGUACGGAGUUGCAUUCAUGAAAGGUUACCAGGAAGCUGGUAUUUGCACCAUGGGCAAGCACUUUCCGUCAUACGGCAAUCUUGAAUUCUUAGGAUCCUCCUUGGAUGUCCCUACGAUCACGGAGUCUCUGGAACAGCUGAGCUUGAGUGCUUUAAUACCCUUUCGGGAUGCCAUCAAACAAGGACUCGACUCUAUCAUGGUUGGAGGUUGUGCUAUGUCAUCUGCUGGUCUCAAUGUCAUGCACGCUUGUCUCUCAGAUCGAGUCGUCGAUGGACUAUUGAGGAAAGAGCUUGGCUUCGACGGCGUUGUAGUUAGCGAAUGCCUCGAGAUGGACUCACUUUGCCAGAAUAUUGGUGUCAAUGGUGGCACGGUCAUGGCUGCUAAUGCUGGCUGUGAUAUCCUUCUACUAUGCAGAUCAUUCCAGCACCAAUUAGAAGCCAUCAAUGGCUUCAAGCUUGGCUUGGAAAACUCAAUGAUCACCACGGAUAGAAAUGGGUAUCUGCCCCUGACAAAUAUUAUUGAGCCGGAAGAAGAGCUGCUACUUCUUACACCGCUAGUAAAACCCCUCGCGGCAUCUGCAGCUUCGCGUGAGAUAUCAUCACACACUUCUGUUGAUUCACCAGAGCCGCAAUGGGAGCGGGGCAAUCCUGGUCUCAGUGGUGAGAGAGUAUUCCGAGAGCUCGGCCGUUCUCUUGCUCGUCAACGGACCGGCAGAGUACUCCACACCAGCUACACAGCAAACGGAGUCCGACCUCAGCACGAGAGCUUGAUUAACAGAGCAAGUGCCGUCAUUGUCGUCACAGCAGAUGCCAAUAGAAACAUGUACCAAAACGGUUUCACGAAACACGUUUCGAUGAUUUGCAAUAUGCAGUACACUGCUGGUGGCGAGAAAAAGAGCAAACCUUUGAUUGUUGUGGCCGUCAGCUCGCCCUACGACUUCUCCACUGAUACGUCUAUCGGCACAUAUGUCUGCACUUACGAUUUUACUGAGACCGCACUGGUGUCACUGGUCAGAGUAUUGCACGGCGAUAUCACGCCGACUGGCUCGUUGCCUGGAACAAUCAGUCGUAGCGAGAAGCUUACUCAAUCAAAGACGCAUUGGCUAGUCGAAAUCUUUAACGAAGAACGAGAUGCACUGGCUCUAGACACUUUGAUCAAAGAGAUUAUCGAAUGGUCAUCACCGAAUCAACGAUCAGAGCUCAAAGGAGCAACCUCAAACUCUUUCCUCCUUCGCCAACAAAAUGUCCUGGAGACGCAUUUCGUCGUUCGCAACAGCAGUACAUCAGCUUUGUAUGGAUUCUGCUCAACGUACUUCUUCAAGUCUACUGGUACAGGAGCCAUCGGCGCCCUCUUUGUCGAUCCAGGGAGACGCAAACUCUCUAUUGGUCAAAGCUUGCAUGAUCGUGCUAUUCGAACUUUGCUACAGAGAGAAGGCAUCAAGCGCUUCCAACUAGGCUCCAGGCUCCCAAGCAUCUACCUCGGCAUCCCCUCCGACCAUAGCUCCGAACGCAAACGCUUACGAUCCUGGUUUGCAAACGUAGGUUGGAACACAGCGCUCUCUCGCCCGGUCUGCAGCAUGGUAAUGCGCAACCUCCAAUCCUGGUCUCCACCAGAAGGAAUGGCACAAUCACUCCAAGGCGCGGGCGCAGAAUUUGAUCUCGUCAGGGGAUGGGAACACUCACGCGCAAUCUUCGAUCACGUAAAAACAAACAACCGCCAAGGGCUAGCCGAAGUCUACAAACUCGCGCUUUCAGACCCGAAUUCUUGCGGUAUCGUGCGCGCCAUACGACCUGAAGAUGGCAGUAUAGUAGGCACGGUAAUCCUCUACAACGCCACCUCGGCCCUCGCCGAGUUCAUCCCCGCGCUUAAAGACGAAGGAUCAGAAGUUUAA